ACCUUUUUACCAAUUGUUUCACCAAUUCCUUUCUUUUUCUCCAUUUCUACGUCUUCACAUUUAAAGAAAGACAAUUUUUUUUUAAUCAUUUUCUAUUUAAAAUUUUAAAGAUUAUCAUGUAAAGAUCAAAGCUUUUGACCCAGCAAAAGCCGGCUAAAGCCAGUCUUUAAAAUUAUUAAAUGUUUAUAUUUAAAUCUGUAUUAUUUAUUUAUACGCGUCGAUCAGUCAAUUCCCAGAAAUAAUCCUCAUUUUCCUGGUUAUAAUGUUUAAUUUGAUUGAAUUUUUAGUGGGUCCUUUUCAAAGUUUGGAUUUUGAUAACUGUUUUAACUGUGAAGCUUGAUCAUCAAAUUAAUGGGUAUUAUUAUUUGAUGGUGACUUUGAAUUUGAAAUUCUAGUCUUGGUAGUUGGUUUUUUGUAAAGUUUGAUUUAAGGGUCUUUAGUUUGGAUUAUUUGAUGAAUUGGGUAUUUAUUCAUAUUUGAUUUGGAAGAUCUUGUUUAUAUUGUAAUUUAGCAACAUGGGGUGUAUCUCAUCUAAGGAAAUUAGGGAAAAUGAUAGGGCUUCAAGAAAAGGAUCAUUAGAUAGGAGAGUUGCUCAUGUUAGUUCAUUGAAAAGAGAUGAUGGGGUUAGAUCAAAGUAUAAAUCAGAUAGUGGAGAUGCUAAGGUUAUGUUAAUUGAUAAGAAUUCAGUUGGUUCCACUAGGCUUUAUGAUGAUCAGGUUGAGAAAAAGAAGUUAGAGAGUCAGAUUGAGGUAAAGAAGGCAGUGAAUUAUGAAGUUGAUGGUAUUGAUCAUCAGAUCGAGAAGAAGAAGGUCGAGAAGUUUGAUGUUUCGGUUUGUGGUCAUCCGGGUCGGGGGAGGGUGCCGAAGAGUGUGGAGGCGGAGCAGAUUGCCGCAGGAUGGCCAGCUUGGCUUGCUGCAGCUGCGGGAGAAGCUAUCAAUGGAUGGGUGCCGCGGCGUGCUAAUACAUUUGAGAAAUUGGACAGAAUUGGUCAAGGAACUUACAGUAAUGUUUACAAAGCUCGUGAUGUUACUAAUAAUAAAAUUGUCGCAAUUAAAAAAGUUCGGUUUGAUAAUAAUGAUCUAGACAGUGUCAAAUUUAUGGCCCGCGAAAUUAAUAUUCUGCGCCGGCUAGAUCAUCCCAAUAUAAUUAAAUUGGAAGGCUUGAUAACGUCACAGGCGUCUUCCAGUUUGUAUCUUAUUUUUGAGUACAUGGAACAUGAUCUUACUGGACUUGUAACACUGCCGGGCGUCAAGUUCAAGGAACCACAGAUCAAAUGCUACAUGCAGCAACUGUUAAGUGGACUUGAUCAUUGCCAUACUCGAGGUGUCCUGCAUCGUGAUAUAAAGGGUUCUAACCUUCUUGUUGAUGACAAUGGCAUCUUGAAAAUUGCGGAUUUUGGAUUAGCAACUUUCUUUGAGCCUCAAAGUAAUGCCCAAUUGACGAGCCGUGUGGUGACCCUUUGGUAUAGAGCUCCAGAACUUUUACUUGGAGCCUCUCACUAUGGAGUUUCUAUAGAUUUAUGGAGCACUGGCUGCAUACUUGGGGAACUGUAUACUGGCAAGCCUAUUUUGCCUGGAAGAACUGAGGUUGAGCAAUUGCACAAGAUUUUUAAGCUUUGCGGCUCGCCCCCAGAGGAUUAUUGGAUAAACUUAAAGUUACCCCAUUCAUCUGUAUUCAAGACUCAACGACCAUAUAAACGAUGUGUUGCAGAAAGUUUUUGCAGUUUGCCUGCUCCUGCUGUUGGACUUAUGGAUACCUUGCUUUCCAUGGAUCCAAUCAAUCGCGGAACUGCAGCUUUUGCUCUCAAGGAUAAGUUCUUCAAAUGCAAACCAUUUGCUUGUGAUCCUUCCAUUUUGCCCAAAUAUCCUCCUAGCAAAGAGAUUGACGCAAAAGUGCGGGAUGAAGAAGCUAGAAGGCAAGAAGCAGCUGGAGUUGGGAGGAACGAGACGCACAAAUCUGAUGUUGGUGUUGCAUCUAAUACCAAUUCCAAGCUGGUAACGAUGAUGCAGGAGAGGCGCCAUUCCAAUGCGAAUAGUAGAGGUGAUACGGGCAAUUCUCACAAGGAAAAAACUGUCUCUGGUUUUCUGGUUGAUCCCUCUAAGCAAAAUCAAGCUCCUAGAGAAGGAAGGCGUGAGUUACCAGAACAUCAACGUCGGAAAGUUUCACAUUCUGGGCCUUUGGUUCAAGGGACAGGAUGGACAAAGUCUGGAAAAGAUCAUGAUAAUCCUCACUUAGUAUCUAGUAGACCCAAUCUGUCAGCAAUAUCCAGUUUAGUAGCAGCAAGAACUUCAUUGCCCGACGAUCGCCAUGGAAGACCUUGUAAUACUUCACAAACUGAAGUGAAUAGACAAGUAGGUGAAAUUCAGGGAUCCGCGGAUGGACCUGCGUCCACGACAAAGCAGGGUCAGAAUCAUGAAGCGCGCAAGCGUGCAGAUUCUCCUCAGGCGGGUGGUGGACAAUUCCCCACUAAAGAAGCAAGUUUGUAUGGUCGCGGACCAAGAGCGGGAAGCAAGAUUUACGUCUCGGGUCCAUUACUCGUACCAACAAACAAUAUGGAACAAAUGUUGAAAGAUCAUGACCGUAAGAUUCAAGAAUAUGCUCGUAAACGACUUGAUAAGACAAAGCAAGGGAAAGCAAAUGCUCGAGGAAAGCAAGAAAGAGAAAAUUUGCCAUACGUCUACACACAUUCAGGUCGAUAACUUAAAAUGUAGCUGGCGUCGACUAUUGUCCGCUGGCAGAAGUAGCUAGCAAAUUUGAUCUGACGCGUAAAUGAUCACCUCAUGGCUCAAUGUACAGAGGGUAAUAUUUAUUUUACAUGCUGCACUUCUUUUGAUUCUGUAAUAUAUAUAUAGCAUCAUUUCCUAACUAAUGUCUCUGUAAGAGCUUUUGUUUAGAUUUUAAAUUUUUAUACAUAAAUAGAAGAAUCAAAUUAAGGUCA